UCAUUUAAAAAGGUUAGUCGGAUCAGAAAAGAUGACAAACCGUAUGCCAGUUCAGCAAAAAGUUCACAAAGAUAUUUUCAAAGUUUUUUGGUAAACCCCACUCUUUCCUCUCUCAUUCCAGCCCUAAAUAGAAACAUCUUUCAGACAUAUCAUCCCAGCUAAGCUAUCCCUUCUUCUUCUUCUUCUUCUUCUUGUUUCCAUUUCAAAACAAAAGAUCUAAAUAAUAUUACAAACAAGAUAAUGAGCCGAGAGUCUCGUCCAUGCGAUUACUGUAAUCAGCGAAGUGCCAUACUUUACUGCCGAGCUGAUUCAGCUAAACUCUGUUUAUUUUGUGACCAACUUGUUCAUUCAGCUAACGCACUUUCCAAGAAACAUCUUCGUUCACAGAUCUGUGAUAACUGUGGUUCUGAACCUGUUUCUAUCCGUUGUGCUACCGACAACCUCGUACUCUGUCAAGAAUGUGAUUGGGAUGCACAUGGUACUUGUGUGGUCUCUGAUGCACAUGAUCGUAACCCUGUUGAAGGUUUUUCCGGUUGUCCUUCUGUUUAUGAACUUGCUUCAGCUUGGGGUUUAGAUAUUGAUGCCAAGAAACCAACACAGUUGCAGUUAGAUUCAAAUCAUGCCACGUGGAAUGGUUUGUUAGAGUAUAAUUAUGUUGCUCCUUCUCCUUGUACUAUGUUGUUGCAAGAUUUAAUGGUACCUAGUGCUAAUAAUAAUAGUAAUUGUGGGAUUUAUAAUGAUGGCUCUGUCGUUGGUAGAAAACAAAAUCAAAAUCCAACUUGUGGGAAGCAGAAACAAGUGAUAUUGAAACAGUUAAUUGAGUUAUUUAAGAGAGAUGGGUGUGGUGGUGGAGUGGAAGAUUUGGAUCCAAAGACACCUAAUGGGAGUAGUGAUAAUUGGCAAGGAAAUAAUGUUAGUCAUGUGGUUGUGGGUGGUGUUAGUGAGGAGCAACAGCUGAAAAAUGUGCCAUUUACGUCGUUGAUUAGGCCGAAAGAGAGUGAUCAAAUGGUGGAAAGGAACAUUUUGUGGAGCGGAAAUUCCUAUGAUCAAAACACUCAGAUAUGGGAUUUUAAUCUGGGGCAGUUGAGGAGCCAUGGACAGUCGAGCUCAGUAGAAGCAGACUACAGUGAGAGCGACAUGGCGUACAUGAUGAAAAGCUAUGGUGAACUCAUAAAAGGAACAGCAUUAGCAACUUCAAAAGGAUUAGGAUUCUCAGCCAUUAACUGCUCCGUUGCCCAUGACGAUAUGACAGCCUUCAGUAAUAAUUCAAAUAACCGAGCGGCAAGCCAGGGGCCAGCGACAUCUGAGAGCAACAAUUUACCAAGAAUAAAGACUUCAUCUGACUUGGGUUAUGUUAAGCCAAAAUGCUGUGGUGUAUCUACAGAUCUGAACUUUAUGGACCAAAGCAUUGUUGUGGCAGGUGAAAACACCGGUGCGGAAACACUCCAGGCUGAUAUGGAGCUUCUGGCAAAGAAUAGAGGAAAUGCAAUGCAACGUUAUAAGGAGAAAAAGAAAACACGAAGAUAUGAUAAGCACAUUCGAUAUGAAUCAAGGAAGGCAAGAGCUGAUACUAGAAAGCGAGUCAAGGGUCGUUUUGUCAAGGCUACUACUGAAGCUCCAGAUGGCUGAAUACCUGUUGAAUGACCGAGGAUAAGGAUCUGUUUUGUCUCUGUAUGUAUAUAUUUCUUAGUCUACCUAAUAUUUGUAACCUUAGGUUUGCUGUGAUGCAAUAUGUCGCACCAAUUGUUAGUUAAUAUUAUAGUCACGCUUUGUGCUUCUGCGUGUAUAUCAAGUGCUUGGAUGUACAACCUUGAUCAUCAGGUUGUGGCUAGAUCCUUCACCGGGGAGCCAGCCUUUUCAGGCAAGUCUUGGAAGUGAAAUCUUGGCUAAUUUGUCCAAGCAUUAAAUGGAUCUAUAAUACGAAUCCACCGGGAGUGGGUCGUCUAGAUAACCUCGUUGAGAGAUAUCCAGAGAAUCAAUUCACUCUCCCUCUGGCAAUACUUAGAUGCUUGAGAUCUUUUUUAGUGACAUGAUCCAUUCUUUCGUGAUCUGAGUGAUUACAUUCUUGUUUGUUUCACCUGGAGCUGGGGAAAGUCAAGGAGAAUUCUUGCUGAGCUAAGCUGAUGAUAAGCACGACGUUAAAAUCCCUUUAGCACCUGUUAAUUGCCCUCUUCUUUCCUCCUCCAUUUCUGGAAAGCUGAUGUUUAGAUUUAACUUACAAGAUGGUUUAUGGAUAUACUGAUAAGUUGAUGGUGGUGGUAUCAA